AUGUCUGGAAAGCGCGGUCGAGGUUCUACCUCCGGUAACAAGCUCAAGAUGACUCUUGGUCUGCCAGUCGGCGCCGUCAUGAACUGCUGCGACAACUCCGGUGCCCGUAACCUGUACAUCAUCUCCGUCAAGGGUAUCGGUGCGCGCCUCAACCGUCUGCCCGCUGGCGGUGCUGGUGACAUGGUCAUGGCGACCGUCAAGAAGGGAAAGCCCGAGCUGAGGAAGAAGGUCAUGCCCGCCGUCAUUGUCCGCCAGAGCAAGCCAUGGAGGCGAGCAGACGGUAUCUACCUGUACUUCGAGGACAACGCCGGUGUCAUCGUCAACCCCAAGGGUGAGAUGAAGGGCUCUGCCAUCACUGGACCCGUCGCAAAGGAGGCCGCUGAGCUGUGGCCGCGUAUCGCCUCCAACUCCGGUGUCGUCAUGUGA